AUGGUCAGAAGGCUAACGACAACGGCCGUCGAUCUGACCACCAUCUCGCGAAUAAAACAGCUGCAACGACUUGCCUACCCAGUUAACUCUCCUGCCUGCUGCUUUUUUGGAGACCCACCCGGCGGACUACGUGUUAUAAGGAGGAAGGACUGUGCCACGAAGGGAAUAGGGAUCAGUGAGGGAAUUGUUGACGACAAGCUUGAUGGAUGUACCUUGAAUGUGGCAACAGGAGGUGCGAGGUCAGGCUACUGGCAUUUGACAGGCUUUGGUGCUGGUGUUUGCGAUGGUGAUGGUGCAGACGUCGGUCGGCAAUUCUUCGUAGAGAGGGAGAUACCACCGAUGACUUUCGCGUUGGCAGCAGAGAACGCGGCAGACAAUUUCGACGGCACUCGGGUGCUGGCUCCUUUCUACCGCCUGUCUAGACCCGUGCCACAUUCCACUCCACGUGUUGCCUGCAUUGUCUUCGACUUGCAGGGUGGUCCAGGCAUCGUUGUUCCUUCUCUGGGGCACCGGCGUCUCCUGCGCAAAAUCGUCUUACAACCCUUCACCCAGCGAAGUGCCUUCCCUCCUCAGCCGAGUCCUCCUCCAUUGCAAACGCCAACGAAUUUCGGAAUCAGGUUCUGCACUGAUGCAUGUGAAAGCGAUUUAAAUCUGGCUCUUCAGUGUUGCACCAAAGAAGUUGUGAAAUGUGAAGACGAACGCAGUCUCCCUGUCUACUCAACCUAA